AUGCUUCGCAACCGUUGCAACGUCAGUCUCGACUCGAUCGAUAGCCCCGACAACGGCGGCCCGCCCUGCCCGUUGUGCUACUCAAACCCCAAUUAUCCGUCACUUGGCCUGAUCGUCGUGCCUACGCGGCUCGAUCUUCUGGUUGAGCUAGAGAGAGCAUGCCCUGCGCUGCAAUAUUCUCAUGUACAAGUCCCCGCCGGGCGUAACGCCGCUUUGUAUCAGUGUGAUGGGUCAACACGCCAUAAGCAACAUCUCGUGUAUGCGCUGAAGGAUGCUGUGACUGUGCUGGCGCAUGGGUGA